AUGGAGCCCAGUCGGGCUCAGCUCAAAAAGGCAACAUGGACCUUCCAUCUCCACCCUAUGGGCUCACUACCCGCAGGGGGAACCACUGGUGUUGGAGCGCGUCUCUCCGGUGUGGACAAACUACAGUCCAGCAUGCGCAAACGGUUGUACAGCUUGCCGCAACACAUUGCGCAAACCCCCGUGAUCGAUGAAGGAGGCAACUGCGACAAGGACACUGAGAGGAAAAGUAUUCGGCUGAAACAUUUGCCGUCUCCUGCCAGCAGUUGCGGGAGCAGUGACGAGGACCGGAGCGGGGACUUGGAAAAGGUGGUCACUGUGAGGACCAACUUAAACGGAAACUGUCGCAUAUUUAAAGGCAGCAUCUCCUCCAUCACUGGGCGGCUGCAACCCGGUUCGGAUCCGGUGCAGAGGCGGCAGCUCCUGCCCGAUACGGACGCCGGCGGGGCGAGUGAGAGUUUCCUCGGAGAGAUCCGUCCCGGGGCUCUGCAGGCUCUGUGCGCCGCGGCCGGCCAGACCGCCCUGUUCGACCACUCAAGUUUCAUCAAGUUGGAUUGUCCUGAGCAGAUCAUUCCCGAAGAUGACAGGCUGUACCCAGCCGGCUUCAUGCACCGGCAGUUUGGAGCGAUGCUACAGCCGGGAGUCAACAAGUUCUCCCUGCGGAUGCUGGGCAGCGAGACGGCCGUGGAGCACGAGAGGGAGCGCGUCAAGUCGGCGGGCUUUUGGAUCAUCCACCCGUACAGUGAUUUUAGGUUCUACUGGGAUCUAACCAUGCUUCUGCUGAUGGUGGGGAACCUCAUAAUCAUCCCUGUGGGAAUCACCUUUUUUAAGGAUGAGCACACACCACCCUGGAUCGUCUUCAACGUAGCAUCUGACACCUUUUUUCUCGUGGACCUGGUUCUCAACUUCCGCACGGGUAUUGUCAAGAAUGACAACACAGAGAUCAUCCUGGACCCCCAGAGGAUCAAGAUCAAGUACCUGAGGGGCUGGUUCCUUGUGGAUUUCAUUUCUUCUAUACCUGUGGAUUAUAUCUUUCUCAUCGUAGAGACCCGCAUCAAAUCAGAUGUUUACAAGACGGCUCGAGCCCUGAGGAUUGUUCGAUUCACCAAAAUUCUCAGUUUGCUGCGACUGCUGCGACUUUCCAGGCUAAUCCGCUACAUCCACCAGUGGGAAGAGGUUUUCCACAUGACCUAUGACCUGGCUAGUGCCAUGGUGUGCAUCAUGAACUUGAUUGGUAUGAUGCUGCUGUUGUGUCACUGGGAUGGCUGUCUGCAGUUCCUGGUUCCCAUGUUGCAGGAUUUUCCUCCUGAUUGCUGGGUCACGAGGAAUAAGAUGGUCAAUGACACAUGGGGUCAACAGUACUCCUAUGCCCUGUUCAAGGCCAUGAGUCACAUGCUGUGCAUUGGUUAUGGCCUAUACCCCCCUAUAGGUAUGGUUGAUGUGUGGCUCACCAUCCUCAGCAUGAUUGUGGGUGCUACCUGCUUUGCCAUGUUUGUAGGACAUGCAACAGCACUCAUUCAGUCUCUGGACUCAUGCAGGAGGCAGUACCAAGAAAAGUAUAAGCAGGUAGAGCAGUACAUGUCAUUCCAUAAGCUGCCAACUGAAGUACGUCAGAGGAUCCAUGACUAUUAUGAACACCGCUAUCAGGGCAAGAUGUUUGAUGAGGAGAGCAUUUUGGAAGAGCUGAGUGAACCACUGCGAGAGGAGAUUAUCAACUUUAAUUGUCGUAAACUGGUGGCCUCCAUGCCUCUGUUUGCUAACGCUGACCCAAACUUUGUCACCUCAAUGCUGACCAAGCUGUGCUUUGAGGUUUUCCAGCCGGGGAACUACAUCGUCCGAGAGGGUACCGUGGGCAAGAAGAUGUAUUUCAUCCAGCAUGGUGUAGUCAGUGUCCUUACCAAGACCAGCAAGGACACCAAGCUUUCUGAUGGCUCGUACUUUGGAGAGAUCUGCCUUCUAACAAGAGGGAGAAGGACAGCCAGCGUGCGAGCGGAUAACUACUGUCGCCUGUAUUCUCUUUCGGUUGACAACUUCAAUCAGGUGCUGGAGGAGUAUCCCAUGAUGAGGAGGGCCUUUGAGACUGUUGCUCUCGACCGUCUAGACCGCAUUGGGAAGAGAAGCUCCGUUCUACAACACAAAGUCCAACAUCACCAAAGUUCUGGUACAGUUAACAUCCACGAGAGUGAGAUCAUCCAAAGAAUAGUGCAGCAUGAUCGUGACAUGGCCAUCACUGCACAGAACUUAAAUCCUCCCCCUUUUUCAUUGGCAAACUCGGUCAUCUGGGCUCCGCUGAUACAGGCGCCACUUCAAGCAGCUGCUGCAACCACACCACUGGCUCUUGCUUUGGCCCAACAAUCCCAACUGCCACCCAUCUUGGUAAAUCCCCUCCUGCCCCCGGAGUAAAAAAAAGUCCAUGUUGGGGCAAAUACAUCUGGUUGCUGUGGUUCAGGGUCUGGUUCUCCCGCCAUCUCUGCACAAUUCGACACUUCCUCACUGGCAUGCCUCAGGACGCAGCGCCUCUCCACUGUGUCACUCAUGUCACCCUCCCAGCCUACUUUCAGUAGCAGUCUGCCCCCUUUGCCUACACAUCAGGCUCAACCAGUUCCUCCCCAGUCCAGCAUGGCCUCAAUCUACUCCAUUAGCCAGGCCAUUGUCUCAUGCACUUCAUCCUCCCAGCUCCUCCCAGUGUCCUAUCAUGGUGAUAUGACUAUGCCUCCCCAGCCAACAGGUGUAUAUCAGCAAGGGGCAACAUGGGGGUUAGCAGGUAGGUUUGUAGCUCCCUCUGCUGCCACCAUAAGCCCUCUGAUCUCCAGCUCCAUCAGCUCCAUACUCAACCCCCUGCAGCACACCAUUCAACCCAACGUGCAGCAAAUGCAGUCCAACCAGGACAAAACAAGCAGGAUAUCCAGGGGUCCAAACUUGCCCAAUUUUCCCUUCAUUACCAGCACCCAGUGCUCCAGUGGAUUUUUUCAGUCAAAGGCUGGUGCUGGUUCUGGGGUCACAGCCUCUCUUGCAAAGCACAAUUUGUCUGGCCUCCAGUGUAUUUUCCUGCCACAUGUUCACCUUGAAAACUCAGCACUCGCCUCACUGGCCCAGUAUGGUUCAGAUGAGGGUUUGCCCUGCUGUACACCUCCAGCCCACAGUCCCAGGAUAGUUCCUGUGAGAGGAACUGCAGCUUCCCACAUUGAGCUCCCUGUCACCAUCUCUCACAGCCCCUUGACCACUCAGACCUCCUGCUCUGUAGCUGAGUCCUCAGAGGAUCACUUUAGCCAGGUAAUAAAGACAAUCUCAGGCUCUCAAGAGAGUAUUCACCAGGAAAGGCCUUUGGCCAUAGGCGGCUCCUCGGAAGUGUUAGCAGGGACAUUGAACACCUUGACUGUCUGUAAACCCUACAGUACUAUCCCAGGUCAAGCCGCCCUUGUGACUCAGACACCUUCAGGGCCUGGAAGUCAAAACCAGGCCACGGCUGCACACUGUUCUCAAAGCAGAUCCCCUACAAGAAUAUUAGAAACAGAACAUAAACAGUCAGACCAUCCCUCAAACCUGUGAGACUCAGACGCACCCUCCUUUUAACACCUGAGCAAAAGCAAGUUCAUCUCUUUGUUGGCAUUGUCUCAGCCUUUACUUUUCCAACAUUUAGCAGAAAGAGUGAGUGUCAGUGUUAAAAACAAUCACAGCAAAUAUCAGUGGUUUCAAAGGAAACUCCAGGAUUUUUCAGCUUCUGCCCUAUUUAUUUAUUGAGGGGUUGUCAAGAUUUUACUCGGGCCUGAAACACAAAUUAGUCCAGUUUUGAGUUAAUAUGCUAAGACUUAAUGGACUAACCACCUAUACAAUGUCUAUGGAGCAAGCUAAAAGAAAGCAAAAAUAAAAUUAGACUGCUCCUUGUCAUCAAUGAAGUCAAGUCUGGGAGCUGGUGCCAUGUGCCGAAUGAAAAACUGAACCCCAAAACAUUUAAAAACAGGGCAAAAGUUGAAAAAUCUCAGCAUCCCCCUUUUAAAUGAUGGUGGACAGUGAUAGGUUUUGUGUGUGUGUGUGUGUGUGUGUGUGUGUGUGUGUGUGUGUGUGUGUGUGUGUGUGUGUGUGUGUGUGUGUGUGUGUGUGUGUGUGUGUGUGUGUGUGUGUGUGUGUGUGUGUGUUUACUGCAGGAUAUCAUUUCCUUGGACAAAGCCUGUUGUUGUGUAUGUAUAGCACCUCAUGACAAUACCAGACAUUCCCUGUAACAUAUUGUAACACCACUGCAUAGUUUGCAUAAGGAAUUGUUUAAAUCCUCCUGUCUGAGUUACAAUAUGAUUUCAUUACCUUUUAGCAAACCCUUUCAGUUGGAAAACAAUAAAUGAAACCAAAAACUGCUUUCCUUUUUUAUAUCCUGUCCUACAGUUGUGUGAAUGCGAAGUUAUUCUAAAGAUGCUCAAGGAGAGACAGACUGCACUUUUCUUGUUGCAGAAACCACCUGCUGUAAGAGCUUGAUGACUGCAUGUCUUCUCCGAUACUGUUUCGGCAAUAUUGCACACAGUGGAAAAAAUUGCAAGUAAUGAAUGUAACGUGUAAUGUUCUGCUGAACAUGAGUGCAGUGAUGACGAGAAUUAUCAUUUAGCCGCGGGCACAUCUGAUAGUUUCAUUCAAAUAAAUGAGUUGGCAGAGAGCGAAUAAGGACAUAGAGGCAGAUUUCUCGAUCUGCAGCUGCUGUGGAUUGUGAUGAGCAGCUAAUGCCAACUCAUUUCACUCUGAGAACAGAUGCAGAACAUACACCUGAGCCAAGGCCUGUGUGCUGUUAUCUCAGUAUGCAAUAAUCUGUUUUUCUUUAUAAAGGUACUGUAAAUCUAAGCACUUUUGAUUUCCAGUUGGGCAAGAUGGUAAGAGAGGCUGUUUUAGUGACAUCACAAAAAGCUAUGGAGUUGUAACACAGCAAUUGUGGAUCAUUGCAAAUAGAGAAGUCAUGAUGCAAUAAGACUGCACCAGUCAACAAAGGGCUAAAAGCAGUUACACAGACAAAUGGCUAAAAUGUAACCCUAAACGGGUCAUAUUGCUGCAUAUUUAUCACUUUUGGUUGGAUAUUGAUUGUAAACUCUGGCUUUUGUUGCUGAACAUGAACAUGCAGAUUGUGAUGUGUUGUUUUAAUAAGAACUCUGUCACAGAUUGCUUUUGUUUCUCUCAAUGCACCAAUAGAGACAUCGCAAGUCCCUGCACAUGUUAAUAAAUUAUGUUUCGUUGUGGACCUGUAGCCAGAGCUAGGAACACCUGGUCACCAGGUUAACCCAUCAGCUGUCUGGUUCUUGACCUGGCAUGGAGGUUUUCUGUUGCUUUAAUCCUGCUCAGUCAGAGAUAUGCUGUCAAUGACUUGUCAGUCAGCCGUCAAUGGGAUUGAUCAAUCCUUCAUUGCUUUUCUGAGGCAGUGGCUCACAUUGAGUGUAAGGUUGAGUGCAUUCAUUUUAUCUUAUCUUUUUUUUUUUUGCUGCCUUUUAAUCACCAAUUGAUCAAGUUAAUUGUGUAUGUUGAGAAUAUUUAUGUUAGCUGCUGAAUUCAAUGCAAUAAAACAACAAUGUCAAAGAUGA